AUGGAAAGAACAGAACACGUCGGAUAUACCGACGCCACCGGCCUGUCGAGGAUGAAGAAGGACCUGCAGAGUCGACCGGCGGACGGCGCCUCCAACAGCAACAGCGACAUGGUCCGAACUGCCACGGCCAAGUCGAGACAAAUCACCAUUGGCAUCGUCGGUGCUGGAUUCGCGGGUCUGCGAUGUGCCGACCUCCUACUGCAGGCCGGCUGCAAAGUCACGAUCCUCGAAGCCCGCAACAGACUUGGUGGACGAGUAGCCCAAAGUGCUCACCUCGGCCAUCUGGUCGACCUGGGACCGAACUGGAUCCAUGGCACAGACGACAAUCCGAUCAUGGACAUUGCAAAGCAAACAGGGACCAAACUGCAUGCUUGGGAUGAGGAUUGUGUCAUCUUUGACAGUGAGGGCCAGGCUCUUAGCAAGGAAGAAGCAGAUGAGUAUGGCUCCAUCUUGUGGGAUGACGGACUGAUUGCGGAUGCUUUUCGGUAUUCGAAUGAGCAUCAUGAUACUAUCGAUCCCCAGAGGAGCCUGUACGACUUCUUCGUGGAGAGAAGUAAGGACCUGUUCGAGAGCGAGCCAGUCGAAGUCGCAAAGCAGAAACGGGAGAAAUUGCUGCAGUUCACUUGGAUGUGGAGCUGCUAUAUUGGGAGUCCCGUGGAUCGCCAGUCUCUCAAGUUCUUUUGGCUGGAAGAGUGCAUCGAAGGAGAGAACCCAUUCGUGGCCGGAACUUACGUUGACAUCCUGCAAGCAGUGGCAGAUCCUGCGAAGAAGGCCGCAGACAUCAUGCUCAACACCGAGGUGGUAGAGAUUUCGUCGACAGGAAAUGGGGCCACGAAUGACUACUACUCUGGCCAGCCCCACGGCUCCAAUCCACGGACUCGCCCAAGCGUACGAACUGCCCAGGGUCAAGUCCUCAGCUUCGACGAGAUUGUGGUGACAACACCGCUGGGCUGGCUCAAGCGCAACAAAGCAGCUUUCCACCCCGAGCUCCCACCAAGACUCUCCUCCGCAAUCGACAACAUCUCCUACGGCCAACUCGACAAAGUAUACAUCACCUUCCCCAGCGCCUUCUGGGACACCCCGACCGCCUCAACCCCAGACCCUCCACCCCACGGCAUCGACCCAGCAGGAACAACCCCCAACGUCACCGCCAAGACAUUUCCACUCCACCAACCUCCUCCCUCCAACAACAACAACGAAGACGACAACCCUUCUUCCUCCUCCUCCUCCUCCUCCAAAUCUCCAGGCUUCAUCCACUGGCUCCAACCCACCUACGCCAGAACCACAAACCCUCGCCAAUGGAUGCAAGAACUCGUAAACUUCUCCGCCCUCACCCCCGCCUCCUGCGCCCAUCCCACCCUCCUCUUCUACAUCCACGGUCCCCAGAGCGAAGCCAUCGGCUCCCUCCUCCUCCAGCCCGAUGAAGAAGACUCCGACUCCUCCGAUUCCAAGCUCAAGCAAUUCUUCGAACCCUACUACUCCCUCCUGCCCAACUACUCCCGCGCCAACCCGGCCUGUACGCCCCGCGCGGUGCUCGCGACGGGCUGGGCGGUCGAUACAUUCGCGGGUUAUGGUUCGUAUGCGAAUUUCCAGGUCGGGUUGCAGAGGGGGGACGAAGACGUGGCAGUCAUGAGGGAGGGAUUGCCCGAGAGGGGCGUGUGGCUUGCGGGCGAGCAUACGGCUCCCUUUGUGGCUUUGGGAACGAGUACGGGGGCGUAUUGGUCGGGUGAGGCGGUGGGGAGGAGGAUUGUGGAGGCGUAUGGAUUGAAAGGGGGGAGUUGUCUGACAGAUCUGUAA